AUGGAUCUACUGAUGAAGGUACACCGCGCCCCAGACACUGGCGAGUCCAUGGACGCCCUAUCCCUCAUCCACCUCCCCGGCGGCAAGGGCGCCAACACUGCCAUCGCAGCACUUCGGGCCAGUCGCCCCAACCCUGCCCGGGGCACCACUCCAGGUGGCCAGCGCGUCACCCGAUCCACCAGUAGUGGCGACCAGGACAUCAAAAUCUGCAUGAACGGUGCCGUCGGGGAUGACAGCUAUGGGACCGAGCUCAAGGCCAAAUUGGCCAAUGCUGGCAUCAACACCGCAGGCGUUCGUACCAUCGAGGGCGUCAGCAGCAACCUCUGUGUCGUACUGGUGGAGACCGACACGGGCGACAGCCGCAACGUGGGCUACCCCGCGGCGAAUUUGCACUGGGCGUUGCCCGCCGACGGGUCCCUGGCGAGUUUGGGCGACGGCACGAGACCGGAUCUGAUCGUCACUUCCCUGGUGGUGCCCCGCGUCCAGGUCGAGCGCAUUUUGGAGAUCGCAGGCGAGGAGGGCAUCGACACUCUUCUGAACCCAUCCUCGCCCGAGUACCUGGUCAGCAAGGUGUAUCGGCACCUGACGCACCUCGUGAUGAACGAGUCCGAAACGGCCAUGUUGUUUGGUCGCCCACUCGAAGAAUUGGUCGGCCUGGCAGCAUACAAGGAAGCAAGUGCCCAUUUCGUGGACAUGGGCGUCCAGAAUGUGGUCAUUACUCUGGGCCAAAAGGGCGCCUUCUAUAUGACCGAUAAAGGCGAGUCGGACUUGGUGGACGCCGUCAAAGACAUCGAUGUCGUGGAUACCACUGGUGCUGGAGAUACUUUUGUUGGCACGUAUGCGGUCGAGUACAUCAAGCAGAAGCGAUUGGGGAAAUGGGACAUUCGUCGAGCCGUUGCACGAGCCUGUAGCGCAGCAGCGAGGACAAUCGAACAAGUGGGAGCCCAAGAGUCUAUUCCAUGGGCCGACGAGAUCGAGAGGUCAUAG